CAAGGAGGAACGCUUUGUGCGUGGGACUGGAAAAAGGGAGAUUCAAGAAACGUUGGACCGCGAGUUAGCGCCCCGUGCACGUUUGUCGACGCGAGUGCGCGUGCCUUCUGUGUGUUUUCCAACGAUUCUUUUGCGCGACGAUCUUUCGACAAAGGAUGCUUGGUUUUUGAUACUUUGAACGCGCGUGCGAGAAUCUUUGAUCGAUAUUGGAUCACCGUCUCCUAGGCAACGUGCAACCUUUUCGUUCUUGUGUGGACACGCGCGACGGCGUGAGUGUGCGGCAUUACAAGUAUGUUUACCGACCGGGGACGUUGAUUUUCGUGCGAAAUCGGUAUCAGUCGUCGAUCCUCGACCCACGAAGACGAUUCGUGAGACGCGUAGCGCGUGGAUCGGGCCCAGCAGUAGCAAUCAUCGUUGAGCGGUUGUCAUCGGUGGUCGAUGCGUUCCCGUGGAUCGGGAGGUCGUCUUAUACUCGACACGGCCGAUUAUCGAUCCGCGACGAAUAAGUGAAUCGAGUGUUGCCGAGAGUGUUCUGUGGUUAAGAAAUCCGGUGCGGGCGACGCGUCUUCCCCUCGGUUGGUGUUGGUCGCCUCUUUCGUGCUUGCUCCUUUCUUCUUGCAUUCCCUUCGAUCGACCUGUCCCUUUCUUCGCUUCGCGAUCCUCUCUGUCCGUGUUUCUCUUUCCCCUUUGCUCUCUGUUUCUUUCCUUUCUUUGCUCCAUUCCUCGGUCGACCGGUCUCUCAAAGGGGGCGUGCUUGGCCACAUUCAACAAUGAGCGAACGCAAAACUAUCUAAGCACGAGGCGCGAACCAAUGGUUCCUGGUGUUUUCUGGCUGUGUGUGGCCCGCGAUCUUCGGACCCGCCAAGUGUUUACACCACGACGCGAGUUACACCGCUCGCCCAAGAAAAUUGCCAAGACGAUGAGAAAGAGGCGCAUUAAUUAGCCGAACGAUGCAUCAUGGCCUCCUCUUUAGGGGGACCAGGACUGACGUCUGGUGUUCCAACACCGCGAAGAGUCAACCUGGAAUUUCCACCGCCACCGCCUUAUCCACCUCCCCACAGUCAGAUGGCCUGCACGGGUCUGACGGAUCCUGCAUCGGUGGCGUCGCCCAUGGCGAGCUCCGCUCACCAGCAUCCCCUUCAGGAUUAUUCGUACGCGUACUACGAACCAGGCCCGAGCCGACUGCACGGCGCGUAUCCGCCGGAAGCGGGCCUGAAUCGUGUGCAGCAGCAACAACAGCAACCACUGCGCCCGGAACCGUUCAAAAGGCACACGUACAUGACCCGAUACGGGACGGAGGAGAACAUUUACGAGGAAAUAUCAGAGAUCAACAGACAAUGCCACCGAGCGUUGCACGGCUCGAGGAGGUCCCUGGUGGCGGAGGAGGUCCGAAGAGUCCAGUCACGGCAUCGUCGGGUACUGGGGGAAUUGAAUCUGAGCGUGGAGGCGAUGCUGAUGCCGACCGUGGCCGACAACAACGACGAGGAUGAGCCCCAGGAUCAACGAGGAGCGUCCACGGAGGAGCUGUUAUCUUCGGUCAGUCCCACCGACGACCUCCUUUCACCUGUUGGCUGUGAUAUGGACAGUGGCUUCAGUGGAAGCUCCAGUGCAAGUUACAGGUCCGGACUGGGGUCCUUGAGGAGAGGAAUGGGUAAAACUAGCACGCCGGAAUUGCCGGUCGGUCAGCGUAAAACGAAGGCCGCUAUGAUCUGGAAAAAGGGUUGGAAAGGCUGGAAAAAGCUGCAUUCUUUCGGUAGCAACAACAACAAGACUGAUGAACCACGUUCAAGGUGCAGAUCAUGGGAUGACGUAGGACCGACUAAAAUGGAAACUGUCGGGCAAACGCACAGACAGCACCCUUCCUUGGAGGCGACCAGGUCCAACACCUCGACACAAUCGGGCAGAAGCGAAGAUUCCUGGUGCUCGGCGUCGGAUCAUGACCUCUCCUCGGACGACGAGAGCGAGAAGAGUAAUAUCAGUAUUAAAAGUAAUUGCCAAUUGAGGAACACGUUGCACAAGGCCAGGACGCUCUGCGACAAGUGGAGGUCGCAGAAUAUGCGAAUGAGCAAUGCGGACCCAUUGGAUUCCCCCGGAAAUCAUGGAAGACUGUCGAGAUGGUUCAGCAUCCGACGAGGGUCAACGCAACAGUACGACGUGGACUCCUCGGACACGGUGUCUCUCACGAGCCCGAUCAAGACGCCUCAGAUGCCUCAGCUAUGCGAAAUCGAAGAGGAGAACAGCGCGAUGGUGCAGUUCCAAUGUAUGCAGCAACGCAGGCAAACCCCACCAGCUCUUCCACCGACACCUCCGAAUUUAACCCCUCAGCAGUUGAAACGUCGACACAUAGUAGCCGCUAUAGUACACUCAGAGAACGGUUACGUGUCGACGUUGCAGAGGCUAGUGAACGAUUACAAGAAACCUUUGGAGGAAUCCUCGCCACCUAUACUGAGUCAGGCGAAAAUAGCGACGUUGUUUCAUAGAUUGCCAGAGAUUUUACAAUGCCAUACGUUAUUCAGAAUCGCGCUAGCGGAAUGCGUGCGCUCGUGGGACAAAGACGAGAAGCUCGGAGAUGUGUUCGUCGCCAGCUUCAGCAAAGCUAUCGUUCUCGAUAUUUACAGCGGGUUUAUAAAUAAUUUUUCGGUUGCCAUGGAUUUGGCCAAACAGGAGUCAAAGAGAAAGACUGCGCUCGCUGAUUUUUUCAAGGUUAAACAAAUAAGCGCGCACGACAGAUUGUCCUUCUUCGGAUUGAUGGUAAAACCCGUACAGAGGUUUCCGCAGUUUAUCUUAUUUUUACAAGACUUAUUGAAGCAUACGCCGCAAGGACAUCACGAUAGAAUGUCGUUACAAUUAGCGCUGACCCAAUUGGAGAGUUUGGCGGAAAUGUUGAACGAGAGGAAACGCGAGGCGGAACAGUUCCAAGCGUUCAAAGAAAUGUUACGACACGUGUCCGGGAAAUUAUCUCAUCGUCCACUUUCGUCCUCGUCCAGGUAUCUUAUUCGGGAAGAUAACGUGACACAGUUGGAAUUUAAUCAAAAUGGAAUGAUAACGAAGUCGAAAAGGAGAAGAUUACUAUUGUUGAACGAUCUCGUUGUUUGUGUUUCGGUAACACCAAGAUCCGCGGAGGAUUUCAACGGUAGCGAGAGACUUACUUUAAAAUGGACGUAUCCUGUGUCAGACAUCGAGAUUCAGGAUACGAGUACCUCGCCAACGCUGAGCCGUUUGUUGACUGCUGGUCUGAACAAAGGCGGUAGCUUGAAGUCUGAUAAAAGCGGAGAAUGUGGACAAGCGGGCGCGGACAAUCUCUGCGUAGAAAUGAACGAUCUUAUGCACGAUUACGAGGUGAUGUCUAGGAUAAGCGAUUUAGUUGCGCAAUUGAAGGGUAAAUACGAGGGGAUGACGCUCGAGAAGACUAAGCAAAUUUUACAAUCCAUACAACUGUCGAUACAACAAAAAGACGAAGACAUGGUUUGGGCGGACAGCUGCUGCUUACAAUUGGUAACGAAGCAAGGUCAAAUGUACACGUUCCAAACCGAGAAUCCACUGGUGAAGAAAGACUGGAUAACCGAGCUUAGGCUAGCACAACUGGCUUUGGAUCCGAAUAAUUCUCCUUCUUGGGAAGUACCUGAACAGGAACAAAGACCAUCCACCAAGAUGCCGCUUUUCGUCAGUUCGCAACAGGUGUACCAUUCGCAACAUCAGACAGAAGUACGUUGCGGUUGUUACUACACAACGCAAAAUCCACGGCCCACCAGACGUCGCGGGAGAAGUCAAAGUUACUUAUGGAUAUGCACAGGAGAUGGUAUAUCCAGCCACGUAACAGUAUUCGGUCAGUCGACGGUAGCUUCCGCGACCUCCCUAAAGCAGAUCACAGCAUUCGAUCUGGUAGAAACCAGAGUGGGUGCUAUAGAGUUCGUAAAGGGUGCCACCACCGAUCCGUUAUCGCUGGCGGGUGACGUUGUGUGGAUGGGCACGGAUUCCCGCAAGAUCAUCGUCUACGCAGCCUCCGAGCCCGAGAAACAGGAAGAGCUGGGCAACUAUUCCGUGUCAGGUCCCGUAAUACAAAUCAAAUAUCACUGCGAUAACGUCUUCGUCGCCUUGGGCGUUGGUUUGCUCCUCCUCUUCAGAAGGCAAUUGGACGGCACUUGGAAUCUCAGGGAUCCAUUCGUGAUAACCUUGGGCAGCGAACCGGUAUCCUGUCUUAUGCCUAUCAACGCCUCCGUUUACGCAGCUUGUGGAAAGAAAGUUUGGGUACUUAACGCGGUAACCGGCGACGUGACGAAAAGUUUCAGCGCGCAACACGAGCACGUAGGCAGCGUGAAGCUCAUGGCUCAUUCGGGAGUCGGUCUCUGGGUCGCGCUGAAGAAUUCUAGCACCGUCUGUUUGUACCACACGGAAACGUUCAAGCACCUGCAAGAUAUCAACAUAGCGUCGAACGUACUGAGAGUGACAAGGUCGAGCAACGCUUCCAAUUCUUGCGGUGAUAACCUGAACAACAAUCAAACCACUGUCACGGUGACGGCCCUACUGGCGUGCAAAGGUCUCCUCUGGGUAGGUACCAACGUGGGAAUCAGUCUGACGAUUCCUCUUCCGCGAUUAGAAGGAGUUCCGAUCAUCAGUGGCCGCGUCAAUAUCUCCUAUCACGCUCACUUCGGUCCCAUUACCUUCCUGCUAGCUAUUCAAAACCCUAAGAACUCGAUGAAUUGUCAGACCGACGAGAUCAACGACGAAGACAGCGUGCAACUGAGGACGAAGGAAACCGAGAAUAGGAGCAGUAGGGAUCGGGCGAGUUUAGACUCGUCGAUGACGAGCAAUAUCGUAAAGCUGAAGCAGCAGCUUGCAGGUAGCCCCGUGAUGUUGAGACGGAAACGAAGCAAGGAAUACGAGUACAGGGGUUCGAAGACUCUUCCACGGGGACUGGGUUCGGGUGGUGGAUUCUUAUCCAGCUCCAUGUCCGGCUCACAAAGCUCGGGAGAGAAUUGCGAUGUGUACGGGCUGUAUGGGGAGCUAAUGUACGUGAAGGAUUACGAGAACGAGAACAGCUCGGGCAUCGAUCCCAUUUACUACGAAUCCCUGAGGAGAAGCGACCCAGAACUGGCAGCCAUACCAAAUAAAGUUAGUACCUUAGACCGUAGACUGAAGAUGAAAAUCACCAGACCAAGAUCUCUGGAUCUGUCGAAUUGGUCGGUGGACUCGCAUGCCAGUUCGCUGUAUACGUCGUCAGGCUCCGAAGAGAAUCUGUCGUUGAAGACUGGAAAAUUGUCGCGAAACAGUAGCACGGCCAGUCGAAACGGCCCGUACGACACUACCACGCCUAAUAGUAGCAUAGUGCAGUCGGUGCCCGAAACUAUACCACCGUCCAACAGUCUGAAACCUAACGGUAAGAAAAUAAACAAGACGCUACAACAGGUGGAACAACCGAAACGAACUGUUCUGACGCUGAUGGGUGGACGUGGUUACAUUAAUUGGAGGCAACUGAACGCGCAGUCCGCCACCGACAAGGCCUCAAAAUCGGGCUACACGUUCAAAGAUCCAAACAGCAACGACGCCCAUAUCGUGCUGUGGGAAAUGAAGUUAUGAUACUCAGUCAUGCUAGGCCUAUCGUUACGCCUACGUUGGUAUGGGUAGAAAUGUUAAUACCUUCGGGCCGGUUACGAUAACGUUCUCGUAGUAUCGGCGAAUAGGACCAAAAAAAAAAAAAGAGAGAAAAAGAAAGAAAAAACUACUGUCGAACUGAUAUCUCUGUAAGUAAUAAGAAUAGCAGUGGGAUUGAUAUCGUAUCGAUGCUGUCGAUACGAGAUAAUAAUGAAUUUUGUAUCAAAUCAUUUGAUACAACGCGUGUUUAGUAUUGACUUUUGAUACCGAUACUUCUAUAACGAAUCUGCUACAGUCUUAACGUGAGUAAUCCAUAUACACGUGUAUAUCCACUGGAGAGUGUUUGCAUUCGCUACAGUUACGUUCCAAGUGUAAUAAAUUCAUAUCGAUAGUUCAACAUUGGACAUGUUUUAGUAACGAUUGACAAUUAUAAUUAAUAUAGUUAAUCAUUAGCUGACGUGUACGGUUGACAAGUGAAUUGUCUCGUCCCUAAAUAUGGUCGGUCGUUUUCGACGAUUGAAGUAAUCGUUAGUUGUCGCAAGCCGCGUAAAAACCAAAAUAUCUUGAUAUCUUUGGAUAUCGAAUUGCUUAAAUAUUGUCGUUGCGUCGAUGCGUAUCAGUCUCAUCGCUAAAUAAGGAUUCGUUAAUUAAUUAGCACGGUUUUAAGUCAGUCGCAGGUGUCCGUUGGUAAAUGUUUUGAGAUCAGGUUGAAAUGAGGUUCAUCUACGCGACAGUCCUUAUCAUUAGCAAUGCAAAGAUCUAGCUCUUGCAUAGCUCUCUGAAAACAAACGUUUUUGUAUUUGAUAAACACGCUUCCAUCCCGUAGGAAAGAUCAUAUGUUUUGUUGUAGACUGCGUUUACCGUGUACGCUCGUACACGCUUUACCAGUGAUUCUUAACCAUCAUAGAGAGAUUCACCAAGAAAUCUGAUGAAUUUCCAUUUCUUAUACUUUUUAAAUUAUUACAAUUUCGUAUGAUUAAAAACAGUACCAUGGGCUCCGAAAAAUUAAGUCUACUUUCAAAGCAGCGAUGAUUUACCAUUGCUGUUUUAAAUUUACCACAAGUUUAAUAGUGGUUAAGAAGAACUGUGUUGUGCAAUCGUGAUUCGGACACGGUUCUUUCUGUGCAAGUUUAGUAUAGAAAAAUUAGAGUUGAUCGCCUGGGUAUCUAGAAUCACAUAUGAUUAGAAAAGUAACACACAGAGUUAGUAAGUGUUUUGAUUUGAUGAAAAAUUGAUGUGCAAGUAUACGCGUUGUUGAAGGUAACGUUAACAUUCGAACGUGUAUUUUAAUAAAUAUUGUUAUUAUUGAGGUUACACGCUAAAAUAAUUUAAAUCAGUUAUAUUUAAUAGUUCAAUUAUGGAACGGAAUGUAUGAAAUUCAAGAUGAUAUUCAGAGCGAAACAACAAGGAAUGGAAAUGCAGUGAAUACCGCUGAUUCAAAUUCCAAGUUUAGUUACGUGGUUUUAUGUGAGUCUACUUCGUCUUCAAAAUUUGACGAAAAUGUACUGAAAUCAGAAACUUCGGACCACAAGAGGUUAAAGACUCCCCUUUACAUGGGGAAACAAACACAACGCACAGAGCAGCGCCCGUGUGAUUUAUAUUCAUUCGUAUACGUAGGUCAUGACUUAGGCAUAUACAAAGAAUCUCUGACAAUAUAUCAAACAUUACUUUUUUAAAUUUUUUCUUGCUUCGAUAUAAAUGAGAAAAGAAUUAAAAAAUAAAAAAAAAAUAAUAAUAACGCUUUUCAAGCGCUUAUUGAGAGAGUAAAUUCACACUGGACACGUUUGGUUUUUGUCAUAGACAAAAUGAGGGAAAAAGUUCAAAUACAAUUAUUGAAGUUUAGUUUCGAUAUGUUCUUUAUAGGAAUUACUUUACCGAUUGAUUGAUAAAAGUUCGUCAAGCGUUUAAUAGCAUUUUUCGAGGGUGCGCAAGAUAUAUUUUAUAUCUUUUAUAAGCGUUAGCACGUUCGACAUUUUUGAUAUAUUAAAACGUAGGAAAUGAUUGAGAAAUGAAUUAAAAGACACGACUUUUAUUGGCAAUUCGAACAAAUUCGAUAUAUCCCUUCGCUUUUCUAAAGGAAUGAUACUAAAUUUGUUUGAAUCACCAGUUGGAAUCGUGACGUUUCAUUUUUUAUGUAUAUUUUACUACGAAACGCGAUAGGGGAUCACCGAGAGAAAAAGUAAGUCUUUGUUCUCUAUUUUGUGAUAGAUCGAACGGGAACAGAGAUGGGGUUAGUAGGAGGAAAAGAAAGUUUAUAUCAGUUACCCAGUGAGAGAAGUAUAUCGGUAGUUUUGUCGCAAAUGUGCUGUUAAGUUUUCCGCUGUCGGCAUGGACGAAAGAAAGUCUGCGUGUACAUAAAAAUUUUUUCCGAGGAAAUUAAUUUUUAUAUCGAAUUGAGAAUCCUGGAUAGAUUUAUAUUUUGUACACUAACUUUUUUCUUUUCGUUUAGGUUUAUAUAAAUAUAUACAUAUGUAAUCUUAUUUUGUAUUUAUACGGAUGAUACACACAUGGAACAAUUAUUCAGCGAUAGUUUGUUUACACGUGUGUACGUACAACGUACAGGUCAAGCACGUGCAUAUAUAUAUUUAUGUAUGUAUACACACACGCGCGAAUCCGAAAAUUUUGUUACGUUAGCGGUCAGAAAGGCUCUUCAGUACGACAAUUUUUCACUAUUUGUAUGGCUACGUUGCUGAAUAUUAAUAAUUAUUUAAAAGCGAA